CUCCGGAUUCGGUCGACAAUCUCCAAGAGAGGAAGAACAUACUCGUCGCCGGGAUCAUGGCCGCGUUCCGUGACUUGAUAAACACUGCGGCCGCCCCAGUGGAUAACACAGCCUCAACAGGCCAAGCAGCCUACCGCAGCAUGGCCUUGCAGACGAUAAUAAGCGGUAUCGUAAAGUCAACAGAGGACCUUCUCUCCCUCACCCGCAAGAUCCGAGAGCUCUGGGUCGUCGGCCCGCUCAAGGCACCCGGCGCCCAGGACGCUGAGGCCGAGCAGGCAAUGCAGCAGGAUGCAGAGCACGUAUUUGCCAUGCUCAACGCCAUCCGCGACAGCCAGCGCCAGAGAAUGUUGCAGCAGGCUGUGGAAGCCGGGGGAGGAUUCACGUAUGAGAGGGCGGAUCUGACGGAGGCUCACAUUCAGCCAGCGAUAGCAGAGGCAUCUGGCUCGAAGCCCGGGUGUAUCGGACAAGCGCCGUCUGAGGAACAGACACAGGUCAAGGGCGAACCGCAGAUCAAGACUGAACAGUCUUGAUAAAAUUUCCAUAGCCUUUUAGGACUCUUCGCGCGAUGUGCCAACUUCCUCCACACCAUCCGGCUCGUCGCCCAGCUCGGCCUCGAGCGCCUUGGGCACCUUCUCUGUCCUGUCAGACCGCUCAUGCGACGCCUCCACGCCGCCGGCAGUCACCCAGAGGAAGUAGUCAGUCCUGAAGUUGUCAACCUGGUUGAAGAAGAGG